UUUAUUAUUAUUACUACUUUUUAUUAAUAAUGGCUCGUACUAAACAAACCGCUCGUAAAUCAACCGGUGGUAAGGCACCACGUAAACAGCUAGCCACGAAGGCCGCCCGUAAGAGCGCACCGGCAACCGGAGGAGUGAAGAAGCCUCAUCGUUACAGACCCGGUACUGUGGCACUUCGUGAGAUCCGUCGCUACCAGAAGAGCACGGAACUUCUCAUCCGCAAGCUACCCUUCCAACGUCUAGUACGUGAGAUAGCUCAAGAUUUCAAGACCGAUCUGCGUUUCCAGAGCUCUGCGGUGAUGGCUCUGCAGGAGGCUAGCGAGGCGUAUCUCGUAGGUCUCUUCGAAGACACGAACCUUUGCGCUAUUCACGCUAAACGCGUCACUAUUAUGCCUAAGGACAUCCAGCUAGCAAGAAGGAUUCGCGGCGAACCUGCCUACGUAGAAGUGUCAAUGAGGCACGACGGACAGUGUGUCGCGGGGUCCGGGGAGGGCGAUAGUACCCCGUCCCUCGCCCCGUACAUCCACACCACCACAUCGUACGUUUCCCCCCCCAGUAACUACCGGUAUACACUAUAA